CCUUCCAUCCUGAUCCGUACGGUUAAGCACGAUCAUUCCGUGUCGAACAGCGCAGUGCAGUGGACGAACAAACGUUGCAAAUUUACAACGAAAAAUGGUGAAAAUCAGAACAACCAUCUUGCUGUUGGGUGUUGUGGCGCUGUGUGCAGUCACAUUCGCUUCACCUUUGGGUAAGGCGGCUGAUUCCUCCUCGGAGGAAUCGGGCGAGUCUGGUGAGUUUAUGAAAGAGCUGCAGGAGAUGUGCCGCAACAAUAGCGGUUCCGAUAUGGCCUUUCUUCAGCUGAUGGAAUCCUUCCAAACGAUGAUGAUGUGCAGCGUGUCCGCCAUCAAUAUGGACGCGUUUGUGGCGGAGCUGGAUACACUCUCGAACGAAACCCGUACGACGUUCUUCCCACGCUACUGCCCACAGUUGCGAACGACCUACGGCUGCAUCGACAGUUUGGUGAACGAUGUGCGGCCAUGUCUCGAGGAGGAUGACUACACCAUCGUGAAGGCCCUCGUCGGUAUACUGCCCGAUGCGGUGGAACUGCUGUGCAAGAACGAUGGAGAGAUUUUGUUCAAAUUUGAUGAGCCGAAGUACACCGAAUGCUUCGAGAAGAUUUCCGACAGCUUCGACGAGUGUCUCACCUUCCUGAACGGAACGGACGAUUGGGACCUCUCGCAAAUGACGCGUGACCAGUGCGGCGAACUCACCGGCUUCCGGCAGUGUCUGCAGGACAAGAUGAACAUUUGCAAGGCACCGGACCUAAUCAGCGUGUACGAUCUGUUCCACAACACGCUGUUCCGCAUGACACCGUGUCGCAACUACGUGGACAUUCCAAAAGUCACCGUCGUUGAUAACAACGAACUCAACGAGGUCUAGUGCAGGAACUGGGCGCAUCAGGAGAGUUCUCCUAUCGAUUUAAGUGGUGGCUAUUCUACCCUGUUGUACUGCUGUCGCAGUGCUUUCCAAAUGUAAGUGAGUUUUGCAAAUAAAACAGCAUUAU